CACCCUUGUUCUUUGGAGAUUUUCUUGCUGACGGAUGGGCAGGCAGCUGGAAGGCUGUGGGGGAGUCAUGUUUGGAAAGGUCUCCCUGCCAAGAGUCUGCAGACAGACAACUCCCGACCGAGAGCUCCGUCUCCAUAAGCCUCCAAUUCCUCCAUUGGUGAAACCGGAGUGAUAAUAGCCUUAUCACACCAGGGCAGCGUACUGUAAACACAGGGUUUGCACCAGGGGCGCGGUUCUGGAAUGGCAAACAGGCUGGCUCCCGAGGAUACAGAGUGAGGAGUGAAAGGGUGACAUUUGUCUGGCAGGAGACGAGGGCGUGGACGUGGGGAGCGCUUGUCAGGGUGCCCGGUUGUAGAACUGAUGAUGAGAAGGCUCAGUAGUGGGAGUUGCCUGAAAUUCUAGAUUUGAUGAGAUGUGGUUUUUAUUGAGAGACCAGAAGAAGAACUUCCAUCCUCAGAUCUCUGACUCCUAGAGGUGCCAUGGAACCUUUUCUCUUCCCCUUCCUUUCCCUUCCUGCAGCCCAGGGGCCAUGUGGGGAAUUUGCUUAUCCCCAGGCUCCUCCCCUUGUGACUCACUAAGUUGGUCUCUGACAUGUCCCCGGGAAGGGAAGCAGGGUGCGGGUGGCAUCCCUUUGCCAGGGAGAGUGACCAGUGAUACAUCUACCCUCCCACAUAGGAUGCACCGGCUCAAUGACCUGUAAGGGCCGUUUCAGCACGUCCAUCUCUCCCGAGACCUGACCUUAGGUGAGAACAUAGGCUCCCAUUCAGCCCUCAGGCUGUCUGGCUGCUUACAGCUGAAGGUCCCUCUUGUCUAGAAUGGACAGCAUCACCUAGCAGUAUGCGUGCUCUAGUACCAUGAACGACCUCAAGAGUAACCGAGAACUGUACCUGCAGUACACCGCCACGGCCCCCAAGCUGCUGGCCCACGUCUCCAGGCUGCUCGUUGGCUGCCGGAACGCAGGCAUUUCCGUACCCAAGGGCAUCAGAAACAUCUUUGAGUUCACCUGGGAGGAGCUGAUCACCGACCCCAUGGUCCCUACCCCCUCCGACAUCUUGGGCCUGGAAAUCAGCAUUGGCGCCCCGCCCGUGGUGCUUAUGGAAUCAGCUCCUGUGCAGGCCCCCAUCCAGAAGAAGCUGCCCCCACCAGCGCUCCCGCUGCCGAUGCUGCCCGCUUCCGGCGGGCCGGCCAGAUUCACGCACUCUCCCACUCACGGCCACCGCAAGCAGUCCAACCAGGAGACCCUGCACAGGUUCCAGCGGCAGUCCAUCCACCUGCUGACCGAGCUCCUCAGCCUGAAGAUGAGGGCCAUGCUGGAGUCUGUGUCUGUAGGUGCCAACCCCCUGGACAUUACAAAGCGCUUCGUGGAGGCCAGCCAGCUCCUGCACCUCAAUGCCAAAGAGAUGGCUUUUGACUUCCUGCUUGGCACCAUCGGGAGAAACUGUGGCAGUGCCGGCCAGAUGGGGAAAGAUUCCUUUACGAGUAUCCCAGCCAUGGGUGUGAACUCGCCUUACCAGCUUGUCUAUGAUGCCUCUUCUGGCUGUCUGAGCUUUUCCCUCUCAACCGGAAGGGAAUUCAAGAAGAAAACAGCUACAGGCAAACCCAAAACUACGGACGAUGCUUUGGCAUCCCCGCAGCGAGGAGCAGGAGUGGGAACCUCUAGCUCUGAGGUUACCGAGUUGAGCGACCCUUGCCCUGAAGCCCGGGAGAAGCUGCAGGAGAUGUGUCGCAUUAUAGAAGCCGAAAGGGUCUCAUGGAAAGGGAGGAAUAUCUUCUACCCCAUCGUCAUACGCAACUACAGGGCAAAGAUGCCCCCGCAUCUAAUGUCGACCCCCAAAGGCGAUGCUCAGACCCACAGCUCCCACCACCCUCACCCUCCAGGUGCUCAGACUUCUGCGCCCAUCCCUCACCAGCCUUCCGCCCACCACCUCCACUUCGGCCGGCAUUCUCUGGAGUGGAAGGGACCCAGGAAGUUCAUCAAGUUGCACUACUCCUUCUACGACGGGUCCUCCUUCGUUUACUAUCCCUCUGGAAACAUCGCCGUGUGUCAGAUCCCCACAUGCUGCAGAGGGAGAGCCAUCACCUGCCUCUUUAAUGACACACCCAGCUUCUCCUUCCUGGCCCUGUUCAAUGCUGAAGGCCAGGGCUGUGUUCACUACAACUUAAAGGCCCGCUGCCCAUACGUCUUGGUCUUGGACGAGGAAGGUGGGAUCACCAACGACCACAAGGGCUACGUAGUCCACAAGUGGAGCUGGACUUCCAAGACGGAGACUUUACUCUCUCUGGAAUACAAGGUGAAUGAUCAAAUGAAGCUGACGGUGCUCGGGCAGGACUCUAUGACGGUCACCUUCACCUCCAUGAACGAGACAGUAACGCUCCCCAUAUCGGCCAGCAACUGUCCCCACGGGAUAUCGCACGAUAAGCGGAUAACCCGCAGAAUGAGCGGCAUGGACGAAAAGAUAUCUAAGAUGAGCCGGGCCCUGGCAGAGAUCAAGAGGAGGUUUCAGAAGACAGUGUCCCAGUUCAUGAACUCCAUCCUGCUGGCGGCAGGCCUGUUCACCAUCAAGUACCCAGUGAAGGAAGAGGCAGACGUCAGCCGGGCCAGGCGGAGGUCUGGGCUCUUCCCGGAGCGCAGCACCAAGCUGAGCCUGUACUCGGGAGAUGCGCUCCUACUGCGGUCGCAGUCAGCCCGGGCCGAGUCCCUGAUUGAAGGGGCCCCAAAGGAGGAGCCUGAGUCGGCUCCUGUGAGCCCCACGCGGAAGAAGCCGGGCAAGUCCCGCACCAAGGCCACGGCCCCACGCAGAGGGAAGGCCAGAGAGGUUCGCAGCCCCACCAGGUGGGCGGCCUCACUCUCCGACUGCCCCCUGGUGCUGCGGAAGCUCAUUAGCAAAGAGGACAUCCAGGCCGGCUGCAAGUGUAUGGUGAAGGUGCCCCUGGUGUCCGACGUGGAGCUGGAGCGCUUCCUGUCCGCGCCCCGAGACCCCAGCCAGGUGCUGGUGUUCGGGAUCGUGUCAGGCCGGAACCCCACCAAGUCGGGGCAGCUCCAGUGGCUGCUGGACACGCUCUACAGCCACCGGCAGCAGGGCCGCGCCUCUCCCUGCAUCCAGUGCCAGCAUGACCCCUACCGCCUGCUGCGCUAUGACCUGGACGGGCCGCUGCAGAGGGACCCGCCUCUGCUGGUGAAGAAGUACGCUGUGAUGCAGGGCAUGAUUCUGAUGUUCGCUGGGGGAAAGCUACUUUUUGGGGGCUGUGUUUUGAACGGCUAUGGCUUCAGCAGGCAGAAUCUGCUAAAACAGAUCUUCCAGGCUCGACAGAACUGCAAGAUGGGCUACUUCCUGCCUGAGAACUACAAAUUCAGGGCUGGAAACUGCCGUGAGAGGGAGUGAAGAGCACUGAGCAUUGGAGAAAGCACCCGAUUCCCUUCGGGACGCCCACCGGUAAACAACAAACAAGCAGGAAACAGCAAGUGUCGGUGAGGAUGGAGAGACGUUGGAGCCCUGGUGCAGGGUGCAGCCGUGUGGAAACCAGUCUGGAGGUGCUUAAAACAGACAUAGAAUCACCGUACAACCCAGCAGGUCUACUUCUGGGUAUGCAACUAAAACAGCUGGAGGUGUCUCAAAGAGAGAUUUGCACACCCUGUUUGUAGCUCACUGUUCCCAGUAUCCAAGAAAUGGAAGCAUCCCAAGGCCCAUCGAUGAAUGAGUGGAUGAAGAAAGCGUGGUCUGUCUGCACAGUGGAGUAUAUUCAGCCUUAAAAAGGAAGGAAAUUCUGACACCUGCUGCAACAUGGAUGAACUGGGCGGCUUAUUUCUUUGUGAAGUGAGCCAGACACACGGCAAAUCCUCUACGACUGCACUUUCGUGAGGCCCCUACAGCGGUCAGGUCCAUAGAGGCAGAGGGUAGAGCGGUGACUGCCAGGGGCUGGGGGACAGGGAGGUUUGUUUAACGGGGACAGGUUCACCUUUGCAGGAUGAAAAUGUUCAAGAGAUCUAUUGCCCAGCAAUGUGAACGUACGUCCUGCUGCACAUCACACUAUUGAACUGUACACUGAACUGUCAAGGUGAUAAAUUUUACGUUACACACUUUUUACCAGUUUUAAAAGAGGGGAAUGGAGAUGCUCAGUGGGUGCUUGCCGCAGUGGGGAAGAAAGGGCGUGUUUUCCUCGGCUCGUGGGCUCCUGGGGGCGAGGGCUGGUUUGGUCUCAAAGCCCCCCCUUUCCACUCCAGUAGUACCAGGCCCCGUUCUCCCUCCGGCCACAGGAUCGUCCCCUCCCUGCCCCACCGACCGGUCCACAUCAGUCCCGCAGCCCGCACUCACAGGGUGAGCCUGCCUUCCCUCAGGUCUCCUGGGUGCUCCGUGCCGCGGCUCCUUCCUCCCAUACAGGCCCCCCAGGAGGGAGCCCCCCCGAACCCCUCUGCGCAGCCAGCCAGGCUGAGUGGAGGCAGAGAAGGAGAGGCACGCUGCGGGCAUGGCCCCAGCUGUCGUCUCUGACCCCCCGGACAGGGCCACCUACGCACGGCCCGGUGAAGGCUCCUGGCCCAGCACACAGAGCCCCAGCUGGGAGCCAGGGCCAGCCUGGAGACCAGAGACACGCGGCCGAGAGUGAGCCUCCAUCCCCGGCAGCCUUGCGCUCAGCACGCGUCCGC